UUCAUUCGUCCACAAGGUGUACCAGCUCCUCCCCUUCAGUCUUGCACAGGUGUACCGGCUCCUCCCCUUCAGUCUUGCACAGUUUUUCCAGCUCCUCCCCUACAGUCUUGCACAGGUGUACCGGCUCCUCCCCUUCAGUCUUGCACAGGUGUACCGGCUCCUCCCUUUGAGUCUUUCACAGGUGUACCUGCUCCUCCCUUUGAGUCUUUCACAGGUGUACUGGCUCCUCCCUUUCAGUCUUGCACAGGUGUACCAGCUCCUCCC